UUUAUUCUCUUGGUUUCCUUGACCAAGAAAUUCAUUCCUGCAAAGGCACAGAAAGAAGAGAAAGGUCUCAUCUGGACUGGAUGCGUCGCUAACGAUAUUAAGCCAAACGAAUUCCAGAACUUGAAUCUUUUAAAACACCUAUUCAGCAGAAAGGGCAAAAGAGUUGUCAGAUUUGGUACCUGGAAAGAAAAUAUAUCCAUGGAAAGAAAACAACUGAAAAAAGAAAUUGAAAAACUUUUGGGAGAUUACAUUGGCAUUAGACUUCGGGAAAAUGCAUUUGAUCCACAAGGAAAGCAGCAGACUACUUUUCUUGAUGACUUGGCUCACUAUGAUUUGGCAGUAAAUGUUGCUUUGCCUUGGCUCAAUGAUGCAGAAGCCACCGUGUCCCAGGGGAAAGAAAAAAUUAAAGUACAACUACAUGGCCGAUAUAUCUAUCCCAACCGAAUCAAGAGAGAAGCUAUGAUUUUGUCAUCGUAUGCUGGAAUGCUAAUGAAUAGCAUUCCGAUUGAAGAUGUCAUUGCUAUAUAUAACACGGGGCCUUCUGCAACACACUGGCGAAAUUCUGCAAAAGGUCACCGGAUUCACCCUUGCAAUCUCUCGCUGCACCCUUUUGCUAUGUUGACAGCCCCCCAAGCUGCAGAGCAUGCAAGGAAGCAGAGUGUCAAGUUUCGCAAGGCAGCAGCAAACCAAAAUGCCACUACCAACAAUUCAGUAAAAAGAAAGAAUAUCAACUGACAAGAAGCAAGAAAUUUACUUGUAAGAGAGCAGCACCUUGAAGAGGGCAGCACUUUUCUUUUUUGAAAUGUCAAAAAACUUUGCUCCUCAUCCUCCUCUGGUGGCUAGUCUAAACAAAGAAUUGGCUUUGUGGCUAGGUUGUCAUACAUAAGAGUGCAGACUUUUGCAGCUGGAAAGACUGUGUCUCCUGUAACAAUAGACUUUGCUGUUGUAAAGGAAUCAAUUUAUGGGUACUUCUUUGGUCUUUCCCUCUGUUUUCAGGAACUCCUGUGACUGUUCGGCUCUAUUUCUACUUUUUGAACAAUCUGAUUUCCAAAGCUCCUU